ACUUCUUCAAUGCUGCUUUAAAUUUCUCCCAUUUUUGCUCUCUCUCUCUCUCUCUUGCUCUGUUUCCUUAUAAUGCUAAGCCAAUGCCAAAUUCAUAGCAACUCCAAAAGAAACUUUCUCAUUUCUACUUAGCUACAAAAAAGAUUUUAACAAUAGAACGGAUUUUUUUUUUCCAUGGCUAAAACGGCGUCGUUUAACUACACAUGCAAGUCGUUUUUAGUCUUUCUGGCUUUGUCUUUUCCGGCGACAACGGUGGCAUUGUCCUUCGGAUUUUACGCCGCCACGUGUCCCGCCGCGGAGUUAAUGGUUAGAAACACCGUCAGAUCGGCUUCCUCCGUUGACCCCACCGUCCCCGGCAAGCUCCUCCGGUUGCUAUUCCAUGACUGUUUUGUCGAGGGAUGUGACGCUUCUGUAUUGGUGGAAGGAAAUGGAACGGAACGAAGCGACCCGGCAAACAAGUCACUUGGAGGAUUCGAAGUAAUCGAUUCAGCUAAGAGAACUUUAGAAAUUUUUUGUCCUGGAACUGUUUCCUGUGCUGACAUUGUUGUUUUAGCCGCCAGAGAUGCAGUUGAAUUCACCGGUGGGCCCUCCGUUGAAGUCCCGACCGGCCGGAGAGACGGAAAGAUAUCGGCGGCGUCAAACGUCCGGCCAAACAUCGCCGACACAAGCUUUUCAGUCAACCAAAUGAUGAAUCUCUUCUCAUCAAAAGGACUGUCGGUGGACGAUCUUGUCAUCCUCUCCGGGGCCCACACCAUCGGAACCUCCCACUGCAGCGCCUUCAGCGACCGCUUCCGACGAAACCCAAACGGCCAACUGACCCUCAUCGACGCCUCUCUUGACGGGUCCUACGCCGACGAGCUCAUGCGGCGUUGCCCCGCCGGCGCCGCCACUGCCGCAACCGUCGAGAAUGAUCCGGCGACGGCGUUUGUCUUCGACAAUCAGUAUUACAGAAACAUUUUGUCACACAAAGGGCUGUUACAAUCGGAUUCCGUUCUGAUCAGCGACGGCCGGACUAGAGCUCGGGUGGAGAGCUUCGCGAACGAUCAGAUUGGGUUUUUUGAAAACUGGGCCCAGUCGUUCUUGAAACUUAGUAGUAUUGGAGUUAAAAGUGGGGAUGAAGGAGAGAUUAGGUUGUCUUGUUCUACGGUUAAUGUUUGAGAUUUUAGUGGGAAAGAAAAAUGUAUAAAUAUUUGUGUUUGUAAAAAAGGUUUAUUAUUAUUUUUCCCUGUAUGAAGUAAUUGUUGUUUGA